AUGGCGCCUGUGGUGGAACCAGCCGAUGCCAGGACACGACGAGCACUGGCCAAGAUCUGGCUCCCACCGUCAGCAGCUCGAUACAUUGAUAUGUUCAACGGGACUGUCUACAAUGGCGGCCAGGAGCUGGUCAUAAGAUUAUCCGGUCGACGAUGGGUUGUCCCUUUCAUCAGUGGUCUCGGCGCAGAACUCAGACGAUACAUCAAGGUUAGUCUCGGAGGGGCCAUGUUGCCAGAAUCUGAGGCCAGAGUCUAUCUCGGAAAUGAAGAGGGCAAGGAGCUGGCGCCAGGUAUCGUCGCGGAAGUACAAAACCCCACAAGGGCCAGCACCGAUGAAGCCAUCGUCAUAGAACUCACUGAGAAUACCCAGCUGAGCCGCACUGAUCAUACAGAUAUAUUCAGACAGCUCCUUCCUGGGUAUGUAAACAGAGUUUGCGCUCAAGGACAAGCUUUUUGCCAUCCUCAACAGCCGCAAACGGACUGCAGCAAAGAUGGGAGAGCUUCUGAGCGUAUUUGA